UCAUGAUCACCCCUCCUAAGUAACAAUAUCUCACCGUUGAAGUCACUGUCAUUCCAAUUGCCACCAAUGGCGCCAAGCUGAACGAUCCGACUCAGCGAGUCGGUCUUGCCGCUAUUUACCGUUGUAGCAUGGACGCCUUUAAAUGCUGGAUUCCAUUCUUUUCAAAUUCUCCACUCUCUGCUGCUCGUUCUUUUAUGCGAUCCAUAACAAUUCGGAAUUCGAAUCUCUUAUUAAUGGAUGACACUGCGUGAUUCGGAUUCGUUGGACUUUUGACAUUCCGACUUUCUCCGUCUUUUUAUAGGCCUAAGCGACGAGCAGUAACCACGCUGCGAUCGCAACCUUGCUGUGGGUUUGUGCUCAAUUUCUGUGAUCCAGCGUCAAUUUUGGACAGCACUUGAGUCAAUAUGGGUUUUACCAAUGAUCCUAGCGACAGUAAUCAGCAGAUUGAUCAUGGUGCUGUUCUACGAAAUGGAAAAGAAAUCGUGUUGCAGGCUUUUAACUGGGAGUCUCAUAAACACGAUUGGUGGAGAAAUUUAGAAAGGAAAGGGGCUGACAUUGCAAAGUCGGGGUUUACAUCAGCAUGGUUGCCACCGGCAACUCAUUCGUUUGCCCCUGAAGGUUAUCUUCCACAGAAUCUGUAUUCUCUUAAUUCUUCAUAUGGUUCUGAACACUUAUUGAAGGAUUUACUUCAGAAAUUGAAGCAGUACAAAGUUAGAGCAAUGGCUGACAUAGUUAUCAAUCAUCGUAUUGGAACUACAAAGGGGCAUGGUGGAAUGUACAAUCGUUAUGAUGGAAUCCCCUUGUCAUGGGAUGAGCGUGCUGUUACUUCUUGUACAGGGGGAUUGGGUAAUAAAAGUACUGGGGAUAACUUCAAUGGGGUCCCAAAUAUUGAUCAUAGCCAACAUUUUGUUCGAAAGGACAUUUUAGCAUGGCUAAAAUGGCUACGAACUGUGGGGUUUCAGGAUUUUCGUUUUGAUUUUGCAAGAGGGUACUCAGCAAAGUAUGUGAAGGAAUACAUUGAAGGAGCAAAACCAUUAUUUUCAGUUGGGGAGUGUUGGGAUUCAUGCAGCUACAACUCCCAUGGUUUGGACUACAACCAAGAUAGUCAUAGACAACGAAUUAUCAAUUGGAUUGAUGGCACGGGACAGCUGUCAACUGCCUUUGAUUUUACAACAAAGGGAAUUCUUCAGGAAGCUGUUAAAGGGCAGUUUUGGCGACUUCGUGAUCCUCAAGGUAAGCCACCAGGUGUAAUCGGAUGGUGGCCUUCAAGAGCUGUCACGUUCAUUGAUAAUCAUGAUACAGGUUCAACACAGGGACAUUGGCCAUUCCCCUCAAAUCAUGUCAUGGAGGGUUAUGCAUACAUACUUACACAUCCAGGGAUACCAUCAGUUUUCUAUGACCAUUUUUAUGAUUGGGGUAACUCCAUGCACGACCAAAUCGUGAAACUGAUCGACGUCCGCAAGCGUCAAGACAUCCACAGCCGAUCAUCUGUCAGGAUAUUGGAGGCCCAACCGAACCUAUACUCUGCAAUUAUUGGAGAGAAAGUAUGCAUGAAGAUUGGGGAUGGUUCGUGGAGUCCCUCAGGCAGGGAAUGGACUCUUGCAACCAGUGGUCAUAGAUAUGCAAUAUGGCAUAAGUAAUGAUGCAUCGUAUUGGCUACAUUGUGGGGAAUGAAUUCUUACAGUAGCCUCUAAUAUAUUAUAUAGAUGCUGUAUGGAAAUCAGCACUGGUUGUUGAAUCUAAUACUUGAAUAAAAGCCUGCACCUUUUCCAUGGUGGUAGAGGUUGGGAAUAUUUGUGAUCCACUAGGAUUUCAUGUUUGUUCCUUCAUACCUAUAUAAUAUAUAUGCAGACUUAAAAUA